GAUCUGGUCAACUUGCUCCUCCCACGUGGAUGGAUUGGGAUAUCUGACUGUGAGAUGAUGGGCUGGAAGGAAUACAGGCCUCAAGCAGAUGUUCCUACAAAUGUUUCUUGAAGCUGCAAGAAGAGGACCAGUGAAGAUGUUUGCAAAGCUCCAGGUGCUUGUGCUGGCUUUGUUGUCCAAAGGAGUCUUCCCUACUCUGGGUGACCACAACUUUAUAAGGAAAGAAGUUAAAUUUGAAGGAGACCUGGUUUUAGGGGGUCUGUUUCCAAUUAAGGAGAAAGGAAGUGGUGCAGACGAAUGUGGCAGGAUCAAUGAAGAUCGAGGCAUCCAGCGCCUGGAGGCAAUGCUGUUUGCAAUUGAUGAGAUCAACAAAGACAACCACUUGCUCCCAGGAAUUAAACUUGGAGUGCAUAUUUUGGAUAGUUGCUCACGGGACACGUAUGCAUUAGAGCAGUCACUGGAGUUUGUCAAGGCUUCUUUGACUAAAGUGGAUGAAGCAGAAUACAUGUGUCCUGAUGGGUCAUACGCAAUUCAAGAAAACAUCCCGUUGCUCAUUGCAGGUGUUAUUGGAGGUUCUUACAGCAGUGUCUCUAUACAGGUUGCAAAUUUACUUAGACUCUUCCAGAUUCCUCAGAUAAGCUAUGCCUCUACCAGUGCUAAGCUGAGUGACAAGUCUCGGUAUGACUAUUUUGCACGGACCGUACCACCCGACUUCUAUCAAGCAAAAGCAAUGGCUGAGAUCCUGAGGUUCUUUAAUUGGACCUAUGUGUCAACAGUUGCCUCAGAAGGAGACUAUGGAGAAACGGGAAUUGAAGCCUUUGAACAAGAGGCUCGCCUCCGAAACAUAUGCAUUGCAACGUCUGAGAAAGUUGGUCGCUCCAAUAUUCGAAAAUCUUACGACAGUGUUAUCAGAGAACUACUCCAGAAACCCAAUGCAAAAAUUGUUGUGCUCUUCAUGCGCAGUGAUGACUCUCGGGAACUUAUCGCUGCAGCCAACCGGUUUAAUGUUUCAUUUACUUGGGUUGCCAGUGAUGGGUGGGGGGCCCAAGAGAGUGUUGUGAAGGGCAAUGAGCAUGUGGCAUAUGGUGCCAUAACUCUAGAGCUUGCUUCUCACCCAGUGAAAGAGUUUGAUCGAUAUUUCCAAAGCCUUACCCCUGAGACUAACCAUCGUAACCCUUGGUUCACGGAUUUUUGGGAGCAGAAAUUUCAGUGUACCCUUCCAACCAGAAAAUCCCACAGAAAACUUUGUGACAAAGGUUUAUCUAUUAACAGUUCCAACUAUGAACAAGAGUCAAAGAUCAUGUUCGUUGUGAAUGCAGUUUAUGCAAUGGCUCAUGCCUUGCACAAAAUGCAGCGGACAAUGUGCCCAAAUACUACUAAACUCUGUGAUGCCAUGAAACAUUUGGAUGGCAAGAAGCUCUACAAAGACUACCUACUGAAAGUCAACUUUACAGCCCCUUUUAGUUCUUCCAAAUCAGCAGACAACGUUGUCAAGUUUGACGUUUAUGGAGAUGGAAUCGGGCGUUACAAUGUCUUCAAUUUCCAACACAAUGGAGGGAAAUUCUCCUACUUGAAAGUCGGGCAGUGGGCGGAAACCUUGACACUCGAUGUAGACACCAUCCAGUGGUCCCGAGGCCUUAUCCCCACUGCCCAGUGCAGCGAUCCUUGCGCACCCAAUGAGAUGAAGAACAUGCAACCAGGUGAUGUCUGCUGUUGGAUUUGCAUUCCCUGUGAAUCGUAUGAGUACCUGGCUGAUGAGUUCACCUGUAAAGACUGUGGACCUGGGCGAUGGCCCACCACUGAUCUGUCCAGCUGUUAUGACCUACCAGAAGACUACAUCAAAUGGGAAGACGCCUGGGCAAUAGGUCCUGUGACCAUUGCAUGUUUGGGCUUCAUUUGUACAUUCCUUGUUAUGGGGGUAUUUGUAAAGCAUAACAACACCCCCUUGGUUAAAGCUUCAGGCCGUGAGCUAUGCUACAUCCUCCUCUUUGGAGUAUUCCUCUCUUACAGCAUGACUUUCUUUUUUAUUGCCAAGCCUUCACCCAUCAUCUGCACCUUGCGCCGUCUAGGCUUAGGCACUUCCUUUGCCAUUUGCUAUGCUGCCCUCCUGACGAAAACAAACUGCAUUGCCAGAAUAUUUGAUGGGGUGAAAAAUGGGGCUCAGAGGCCUAAAUUCAUCAGCCCGCGCUCUCAGGUUCUCAUCUGCCUGAGCCUCAUCAUGGUGCAGAUUGUGAUGGUGUCUGUGUGGCUCAUUUUGGAGGCUCCAGGCACUCGCCGGUACACCCUCCCAGAGAAACGACAGACUGUCAUACUGAAGUGCAAUGUCAAGGAUUCCAGUAUGUUGAUCUCUUUAACAUACGAUGUCAUCCUUGUUGUCUUAUGCACUGUGUAUGCCUUCAAAACGAGGAAGUGCCCAGAAAACUUCAACGAAGCUAAGUUUAUUGGCUUCACAAUGUACACAACAUGCAUUAUUUGGCUGGCUUUUCUGCCAAUCUUUUACGUGACAUCGAGCGACUACAGGGUUCAGACCACAACCAUGUGUAUCUCCGUAAGUCUAAGCGGCUUUGUUGUCUUGGGAUGUCUGUUUGCUCCCAAAGUGCAUAUAGUCCUCUUCCAGCCACAGAAGAAUGUGGUCACGCACAGACUGCAUCUCAACAGAUUCAGUGUCAGUGGGACAGGAACCACAUAUUCUCAAGCUUCAGCAAACGUGUAUGUUCCGACUGUCUGCAAUGGAAGAGAAGUCGUGGAUUCCACCACCUCAUCUCUGUAAACAUACAGCCAGUUUACACAUUCCUAGACUGUUAGGAGGUAUUGCACAUUUCUGUGCAUUCUGGAAAAAAACUUUUUAAAAGGACUAGCUUUUUUUUUUCUAGAACCGAUGUACUAUAUUAUUUUUGAGGACUGUACAGUGAAAAUAGUGAUGUUCUUAUUAGGACAGCUUUAGGAGCCCUCUAUGAUAAACAGUCCUAAGGGAUGUGUAAAUAACCACAACUGCCAAUGACAUCAUGUUGACUCAGCAGUGAGGGAAGGAUCCAUUGCCAUGUUAGGUGGCUUUCUUACUAAUGAAACUUUUUGUAACUCCUUGUUGUAAUUUACUUAGAUUGCAUUUCUAUGUUGUAUAUUAUGGUUACAUUCAGUGCAACAGAUGGUUUUCACAGCAGUAUUAAUUAACAUAAAGAUGUCGGUAAUAAAAUCUGAAAACUUUUCCAUCA